AUGCACGCCGCUCAGCUAGUGGGGAGGGGCGCCAAGGUGUUCCAGGGUCGUUGCACAAAAGAUGAUGCAAUAUGGCACUUCGUUUUUGGCUGCAUCCCAUCUGGCUACUGCGCACGUGCCCAACCAUCAUGUGCUUUUUUAAUUAUCACCGAGCCAUCGAGGGUAAAGAUGGAAGCGCUGCAUACAUGCAUGCAUGAACGGGAUAUUUUGCUUUGCCUGUUAGUUGGCGUGUUUUCGCAUGCUGUUGCUGCUCCGUGUUCCAAAAUCAUCAUCAGCAGUGGCUUUGCUUGUGCAAGCUGGUCUGAGGAGUUAGUAUUACACUCCGCUUGUAGCGAACUGUCAGGAGGCCUGUCGGUGAUUAUCUUUGACGCUGCACAGGAAAUGCCAAACUCGAUCCCUGAUAAGCUACAGUGCCAUUCACACAAGGAUCUGCAGCUUACCUCUUGGAGCUCUGCUAGCUUGGAGUGGACUCGAAGGCUGGUCAAACCAGAGCAGCCCCUGGAGACUGGAGAGGUAGACGAGGACAAAAAGAGUCAGUCCCUUGCCAGCGACGCUGCGGCCAAUUGGUUGAUGGAGAGGUCAUUUCUCCAACGACCGAAUUCGUAG